CGUAUCAAGAUAGCACAACUCCUUUGGAGCGUGAACGUCAACAAUUCAUAGUGCCCUUCACGACCAACCCAAAAUGAAGAUGGUUCCAAUCGCCCGAGAAUCCUGCUGUGAUUGGUGGGGUUUGCAGUGGUCGAACCUGAGUCAGCACGUUUUCAUUUAAUAAUCGAGCGACCUGCUGGGAUAAAGUGUUGAAAAGAUGGCGCUCAAGUAGUUAUAAUUACAUUAGUGGGAACACGGAGAUUUAUUCGCUUUGUUUUUGUGUUUAAUCCUUGGACAAAUGACGGCUUAUGCUGUAUCUAAGCUUGAAUGGAAACAUAUGAUUAGGGUUUGAGGCGAAGCAAACAAAAAGGAACAAAUUGCAUAUUCUUUUGGCCAAACUAUGAGUUCGUUUCGCCUGAUAAUCUUCUUUUAAACCAAGAGGUGACCAUACCUAUUUUUACUGAAGUUUAACAUGUUGAAGAAUGGUACUUUUUUGUUUUUAAAAGGCAAUUUGAAAAAAUGAUCAACUUUAAUGUUGUGAGUUCGUUAAGGAAUCGGCUUCAAGUGGAGCCUUUUUUCUGAGAAAUGACCACUCUUAAGCCAUAAACUUUGAAAUAUCUGCUUUUUUCAGCGUUUCGCAAAAUUGAACAAGGCAAUAUGAAGUUUAUUUAAAUAUGCUUGAACUCCGGUGAUCAAUCCUGGCCUUUUUCAAAUAGUGGUGAAUUGAAUUUGCGCUGUCUCUGAUAUAAGCGAGGUAUUUUAGCAUGGUCAAACAAACAAAGUACAAGAUCUUGAAAGCGAUUUCUUGAAGCGUGAAUCGAAUCAGUCCAUAAAUUUUUGCCGGUUUGACGAGCUAGAAAUUGUUGGUCACGCCCCGUGAAACGUGAGAUUCAAAAGAGCAAGCUGGAAUCCUAUGAUAAACCACUUGGUAAAUGGGAGACAACCAAAGUACUUUUCAGAGAACAAAGACUACUUUCCUCAGAUCUUUCGAGUUGUUAUUAGCUGACAGGCUGAUGGCCUAAAUAAAUAAUCUUAGGUUACAAUAUCUUGACUAUCUUUUGAUUGCAUUAGUCGAAGCAAAAAUACUUUGUCAUAAUUACAAGUAUGUGACAAUAGUAUUGGAGUGUUCUCUGUCGCGUUUUUGUUUUGAGGUUGUCAUAUCCUUCAAAAUUCAGAGAGGACCAUAUUUGCCCUUUUUCCUUUUCCAAUCGGUACAAUUUAUAUUAAACAAUAGUUAAACAAUAUAGCAGAAGCCUUGCGCAAUGUGAAUCUAUCGUUGGACUUACGAUAUUCAGGUCGGACUAAUUUGGCCUUGAGAUUGCUCUUUUUGCUCUGGUCGCAGUCCAACCAAUCUAAAAAGGAUUAGACACAAAUGUCUUCAAGUUUUUUUUUCCUCCCUGAAUUGGAUCGAGUCAGAAAUUCACGUUGAGAAAGCCACACAAUUCCUCCGAAACCCUGCUCAGGAUCUGGAAAUUACACUUCUCAGUAGAUCCCAAUAAUGAAACAGCACAAUCUUGGUGGGCACAUUGGAUCAGGCAGUUUGGCUUGGCUUAAAGUACGAGUAAAUACACAUCGGGCAUUGUGUAGGAGCUAAUAAAUGUUGGAAUGACAUGGAAUGACUUGGAACAAUUCCUCGGAAAUUAAUUUCAUUCGCCAAGACGAACUGGAGUCCCAUCUGCUAAACCUGCCAGCCAACCAUCCAGGUCUCGAUGGUGGUGUGGGUUUGGAUCCCAUUCUCACCCUUCGAUUCGUGACCGAAGGCCUCGUCAAUUCUGUUGUGUCCACUUUUGGCCUUGUGGGCAAUGUCUCCGCCAUAGUGAUUUUGGCCACGCAGAAACUGGAUCUUCACAGUUUCCUUCGUCACAUCUUGAUCGCUCUCGCAGUCUUCGACAUCAUUUUCUUAGUCACCACAUUCUUCCUCUACAGUUUACCUCUAUUCAGCAGUGGCUACCACGACCACUUCUACCAGAUAUUGGCGCCCAAGCUCCUGAUUCCAUUGAGUCAAAUAGCGCUCACGGGAUCGGUCUACUCGAUCAUAACCAUCACGAUUGAGCGCUACUUGGCCACGUGUCGAGCCCAUUUGAAGACCACCUCCCCACCACGAACCAGUGUUAUUGCCAUCGUGGCUAUUGUGACAUUUGCUUGCAUCUAUAACGCCCCCAGAUUCUUGGAAUAUGCCACGCAGCUCCAAUCCGUGAAAUACCAGGACUAUUACUUGGGACCUUCGGGCCGGCCUGUUCCCUUGGGAAAGGCCUAUUCCAAGUUGGAGCAUCGUCUGGAAGCCACGGAAUUUCGGACGAGCUCUUGCUACAUCUUAUUGUACCUUCUCUUUGGCAAUGGCCUCUUCAUGACGUUUGGACCGAUUGCUGUGCUCGCGGUCCUGAAUUGGAAUAUCCACAAGGCGAUCCGACUCAAGGAACAAAGGAAGGCUCUGCUAAUGACCUCGAAUGCAUUUCCACAAGCUGGCCAUCCCUUGUUGAACCCAGCCAGAUCCUUUCCAGGCGCUACCACUACUUCUACGACCAGCCCGUUUAGCCCUGAGGCCUCAGACGAGAAAGAUCUGACCAUAACCAAGAUUCUCUUUGGAAUAGUGGCCGUUUUUGUAAUUUGUCACAUCUUCAAGAUGAUCUUGGUGACCUUAGAGGUCAUCUUCAAUCUGUUCUUCGGGACCAAUCUACCCGCCAGUAUGGGCAUCGAAAUACUCAUGACUUUCAACCACAUGGCUUUGGUGUUCAACUCGUCCAUCAACGUGUUUAUCUACAUCCACAAAGAUAAACACUUCAGAAAUGCAGCCAAGGCGUUUUGUCAACUCCCCAAUUCAAUUAUUGUGUGAAAUAGUUAAGUCGAUCAGCUCCAUCAACUGUAUUUGAUCAACGGUUAUGACAACAUUCCAUGCAUAGUUAAAGACAUUUUAUCUACCAUAAAUGGUUUGAAAUA